ACUUGGUUGGUAUUGAUAUCUUCACUGGUAAAAAGUACGAAGAUAUUUGCCCAUCAACUCAUAACAUGGAUGUUCCAAAUAUCAAGAGGAGUGAUUACCAGCUGAUAGGUAUUCAGGAUGGGUAUCUCUCCCUGCUGACAGAAAGUGGUGAAGUUCGUGAGGAUCUAAAGUUGCCAGAAGGGGAUCUUGGCAAAGAAAUAGAAGGAAAAUUCAAUGCCAAUGAAGAUGUGCAGAUAUCCGUCAUAAGUGCAAUGAAUGAAGAAUGUGCUGUAGCCAUAAAGCCUUGCAAAUAAAGAGGAUCGCCAGGCUCGGGCAACUGCUCAGGUCUGGAGAAACCACAGAUCUAUAAAUUUGGUUCUUAUUGUCACCAAAGCUCUGGCCUUCACAAGCAACCUCAUUUCUUUUUUUGAAUUGUUAAAAAAGCAGUGCUGGAUUCUGGAAUUAGUGUUGCAGGCUAACUGGCAGUUUUCAAAAUCACUGAGAUUUUAAUUCCUUAAUUGUUAACUAUUUUAACAUUCCUGUGGGUUUCAGCUAUGGAUCUAAGAAACCAAUCAGGUGUUACUAGUGGAUAUAUUUUUAUUUGCUUGAGCAAAACAGUGUUUGUCUGUAUGAACAGACAAAAUACAGUAUUCAGGGGCUUUUAGAUAAGCUGGUAGGUAUCUAGGAUUAUAAAGCAACCUAGAGCACAAAUAGUAUUUUUCUUGACAUGUUUAGGUAGAACUGACAAUAAAAGUAGCAAUUUCUUUUUUCCUUUUUUAAAAAGCUUAAGUAUUUUGUGGAUUGGGACUCUUGCAGAACUGUAGGUGCCAAUCUCAACUUUUAGACCAUGAAACUCAAGUGAUCAAAAAUGCCAGCUGGCUUAACCAAGCCCCAGUGGCCAUGUGCAACUUAACUGUAUUACCUCUGUAUUCUUCUUUGCCAACUUGUUGGCUUAUUGUAAUGAUAAAAUGGUGUCAAAGCCUACCCGUGGUUUAGGCAGGCAGUUGGAAUAUUGGGUAGAUAAGACAUAGAUAGGUCAAGGGGACACAAAGGUGAGAAUGGAUGUUAAAGCUAUAGACUUUCACUCGAGGCCUUUGUCAGACUUGAAAAAAAAAAUAAAAUAGAAAAAUGCAGUUCAA